GAAGAAGGAUGCCUAGUAGACAUUGAACUAGAACAUAGGGAACGAUACCUUUGGUUGAAUACCAAAAUAAGUUCAAACCGUAUUCACUACCUGAUCCUAUGAAUUUGAAAAUUGGUUGGGUAGAUAAGAAAAAAGGAAUGAAUUUAUGGCCAAAAUUAUAUUUUGUUGACAUAUCAAGAUAUUAUUCAGAUUUAAUAUCUAGAGACACCCUAUGGCAACAACUUGGAUGUGAAUAUAAAGAAGGCAAAGCCUAUAGAUAUUAUGCAAAUGGCUUUAUUGGAGAAGUUUUUAUUAAUCCACUCUUUGAUGACUUGCCAUACUGCUAUUUAAAAUCAAAGUGCUUACCAUUGCAAAGAGUUAAUUCAAAUCUGUAUGAUGUAUGGGCCAUUGUGAAGAAAAAUUCUGGCAAAAUAAUUUCUUGUUAUUGAAAGUGCACUGCUGGUUUACUAGGAAGCUGCAAUCAUGUUGCAGGGAUGUUGUUUUGAAUAGAGGCAGCAGUACUAUUGGGCAUCACAAAUCCUACAUGCACAGAAAAACUUGCUGUUUGGAAUGUACCAUCAAAGAAAAAGUGCAUUAAACCUGAUAAAUUGUCAAACUUUAUCUUUACCCAAAGUCGAUAUAGCAAAUCUUUACCCAAAGUCGAUAUAUCUUUACCCAAAGUCGAUAUAUAUAAAAAUCUAUACAAACCAUGAAAGCAACACUAGAAUCAUAUUUGAAACGUAAACUUGAUUACACAACUACUAAUAAACAUAGCGCUAAAUAUGUUGCAGAUAGUAAAGCAAUACGUACAGAAUUUUUCGAAAAGGUCAAAAAUCUUAUCCCAAACAGUGCUUUUGUCAAAAUGGAAGAAAGUAAAAAGAACCUUCCAGUUAAUCAAAAAUCAACAAUUAAUAGUCUAACAAUUCAAGCUUUAGUGGUUAGAUUUAACUCAGAUUUAGUUGAUGAGUUUAUUUCAUCAACUCAAUUAAGCGACGAAGAUAUUAAAAUAAUUUUUAACAACACAAAAGCACAAAGUGAGUCUAUGCUAUGGUUUGAACAAAGAAGUGGAAAAAUAACAGCAUCAAAAGUUAAACGUGUUUAUACUGCUAUGAACACUGCACUUAAAUAUAACACUGAGCCAUUUAAUCAUAUUUCAGAAGUACUUUGGAAAGAAACAGUUGUUCAAACAUGGCAGAUGAAACAUGACAUAUCCUCAGAAAAACAUGCUAAAAUUAAAUACAAAAAUAUUGUAAAAUCUCAUCACGAAAAUAUAUUGUUUAUAGGACCUGGGAUAAAUGUUUCUAGAACACAUGUAUUUCUGAGUGUUACUCCAGACAUAGAAAUUAACUGCAGUUGUCAUGGUCCUGGUGUUGUAGAGAUUAAAUGUCCACCCUCUAUUGGCGUGUCUCCUUCUGACAUAAAUUAUAAACACUUGAAAAAAAUGAAUGAUAAAGUUAUGCUAAAAAGGAAAAGCGAAUAUUUUUUUCAAGUGCAAUGUCAAAUGGCUGUAAAAGAAGUUGUUUAUGCAGAUUUUUUUUUUUUCACUCUCCAUGGUUACCAUUUAGAACGGAUUUAAUUUGACAGUAUAUUUUGGGACGACGUUUUACAUAAAGUAACACUUUUUUGGAAAACUUUUUUUUUUUCUGAGCUACAAAUAGAAAAAGUUCCGAAAAAAGAAACGUGUUUAAAUGAUGUUGUCAAUUCAACAGAUCAAAAAAUAAUGAGGUUUGUGAUAACUAUGAUUAAUGUCUAACUAUUGUUUUAGAAGAUUAAAUUAUUUAUAUAUUUUUAUA